AUGGACCCCAAUAAGAAUCAAAAGAACCUAGACAGACUUGCUCGCAUCCGAGAGAACCAACGGAAUAGUCGCGCCCGGAAGCAGCAGCAUACCCGAGAGUUAGAGCAAAAGUUGGCUGCGCUACAAGAACAAGCUCGUCGCAGGGAUGUGGAGAACAGACUGGUCGUGCAGAGGCUUGAGGCGGAGAAUAGGAAGCUGAAAUACCUCCUGACUCACUCAGGCCUGGCGGCGGACUCGAUCGAAAAAUAUCUGCAGGCCGAUAAUUCGGCCCUGACCGAGAAACUCGCUAUUCCGAAGCUACACCGACAGGAGGCAGAAUGCCGACCCGGUUGCGCGCGACCAUGUUCAUCAAAUGAUGCUGCGUCGAGGAUGCCGCACUCACAAGACUUGGGGCCUUUACAGGACGGGCUUGAGUCUGACUCUGCUACAGAAUCCAAGUCGAAGACUUUGCUACAGAGUGCACCAGAACUCCAAGGGCCUGCUCGCGAUACAUCCGUCUGUGGUUGUCCACCCAACGAAGCUAUGGAAUCGUGGCCCAGCAACGAGGACGUCCUGAAUACCACGCUAUGUGCGAUUGCCGAUGAAUUAAUUGACCAAUACAACACACGUGGGGUGGAAAUGACGGAGAUUCGCCGGAAACUUUGGGCUGGUUUCUCCAAAGGGCUUACUACGGAGGAAGGGUGCAGAGUGCAGAAUCAUAUACUGUUUCAAGUUCUGGACGAGAUCAGCAACAGCUGA